CUAUCCAUGACGGGGCCUCAUCUCGCUCAGAAGAGCGUCGUCACGGUAGUGAAGUACAGAUCCUGCACAUUCUGCAAACACGAACACAACACACGAGGUCGGCUCAUGUCGUGUGCGGGGUGCGUCACGUGAGCGUAGCUUGUGUGGGUAGGGUAGGUCCCACCUGGUCGUUGACAACGUCCCUGAAGUUGCCUUCUCCCUCCGUAAUGAGGACAUCGUCGAAGGCGUCCAGCUGCGCCCGCGUGGCAGUCAGUGUGCCACGGACCACAUACCAAUCCACAACCUCCGAGCAAGGGGGCGUCGUCAGCGACCCCUGCACCGAACACCAUACAGAAUACAGACAGCACAACACAUAUCAUUCCGUCUGCUAGCCAGCCGGCUUCAUCUGCGUGUGUCAAGGGUACCUACCUUGUAGUGGUAUGCGAGGAGGGGAAGACCCGGCAGCUCCGUUGGGAGGAACCGUGCGACCUCGUCGGCGAGUGAGAGGCCGAGAGGGUCGGUGUAGGUCAUCGUCUCAUUCGCUGGGGGGAAGCCCGCGUCGAUCAGACGCUGCAGGAACGCAUCGGGCUCCCGGCCAACGUCGUAGAAGAUACCCAGCACCAUCAGACUACCAUCUGCACACACAGAGAAUGACAGACGGCACCAAUGGCGCUGUGGCCCCUUGGCUGACUCACCGCUGGCCUGAUGGACGAUGUGGAGCUCAAGAGCGGGCUGGUUGCCAUCAACACGGUGCUCGGCCUGCAAGCACAGGACAGACAAGGUGACCCACACAGACAGGAGGCAGUUGUCCAAACAAACAAGGCAGACUGUGCGUCUGAGAGGGUGUGCGUGUGUGUGUGUGUCGACUUGGUGUACCGGUGCGUGGAAGUGGAACUGCAGGACGCGGUAGAAGGUUUCGUUGGUGUAGGAUCCGCCGAAACCAGCAGUAAGGGGCGACCUCUGCUUGAUCAUCUCCCCGGCAAUGUCGGUGCCAUUCUACAUCACCACACAACAAUCACCACACAACAACCGUGAUCUCCGUCACGCUGGCUGUCGGUGUGUGUGUGUCGGUGGCUUACAAUGCCAUCGCCACCGACUUCCUCUUCGCCGGGGAGAAGUGCCAGCUCGGCACAAUCGUACUGGACGCCGUGGCCGCUGUUGCUGAUGAUGACCUCUGAGCAGUUGGCAUACCGGUAGUUGAGCACCACCUCGAACUUGGUGCCCACAGGCGGCACAUCAACGUCCUCGGACCUCAGGUCGAUAGGCGACUGAAUCAAAUCAACCACCCACAUGCAGAGGCACACAUGAGUGGAUGAUGGAGCGAGGGAGGCUGCUGGGCGUGUGGCGAUUGGGACACUCACCUGCCUGAUGGUGCUUUCACACUCCCCAAAGGUCCAGUCAUCACCCUGCGACCUGCACCAACACACACAGCCAGACACAGACAUCUCACACGCGAUGAGCCUCUGUCUUUCCUUCAAGCUGAUCAGAUCUGCUGUUGGAUGCAUCUCCCACGCCCUCUCCCCUCCCGAACUCACCCAUAAGUAUAAUAUUGCUGUAGAGCACGACCACGCACAGCCGGUUUGGCCGACACGGCAGCGACAAGACCAACAAGGCACACGGCAGCACGAAGGCACACCAUCCUCACUCCACCUACAGCGGUAGCGAUUAUGUCACACGAUUAUCGAUUGGGACAGAGAGACAGACAGACGGGCGAGUGAG